AUGGCUUCUCAUAUCCUUCAAAGGCUGGGCAGCCGGAACCGUGUCAAGCCGGUCCUUGAGCGAAAUGCCAGCAGGCUUUCUUUGGGGAGAGGGGAGCAUGAUGCUGUUCUAGAGCUUGAAGCGGGUACCGCGCCAGAGGGGUGGCGCGUCUACGAUGAUGCGAGACCGGCUGAUGGAGAGGAGGAGCUCGAUCACAUUCCCAAUGGGGAGGACAGAGACAAACCGUGGAAGAGCUCCAAAAAGAAGUGGUUCUGGUUUGACAGUGUACUUAACCCGCAUUCGAAAGCGAUAAGGCUCUGGAACCGCGUUUUCCUGCUCUCGCUGCUAUGCGGCACGGUGGUCGACCCCCUCUUCUUCUACCUCCUCGCGGUCGACACCACACUGCUCUGCGUCUACUUCCAAAAGGCUUUCGCCAUCGCCGUUACCUUGUUACGCUCCAUCUUCGACGAACUCUACCUUAUCAACAUGUGGCUCCAGUUCCGCACGGCAUAUGUCUCCAAGUCUUCGCUGCGCCUGGGGAUCGGCGCGCUGGUGACCAGCCCGCGCAAGGUUGCCAUGAACUAUGUGCACGUUCUGCGCGGGGGACUCGCGCUCGACAUCCUGGCCAUUCUGCCGUGCCCGCAGUUGGCCAUCUGGGUCAUGAUGCCGAAGCUCAUGACGUCAGGCAACGCGUCACAAGCGACCACGGCGCUCCUCUUCUCCCUGCUCAUCCAAUUCAUCAUCCGAGUAUUCCGCUUCCUCGCUCUAGUUCGCCGGAUGCAGCGCGUAGUAGGGUACGUCUUCUGGGGCUCCUGGUGGGGCUUCGUGCUCAACCUGGCAGCCUACUGCACUGCUGCACACGUGUUCGGCGCCCUUUGGUACCUCUUUGCCGUGGCCCGGGUGCACACCUGCCUGGCGAUCCACUGCGAGCGCUACCCGGGGUGCAUCCCCCACUACCUGGCCUGCAAGCCGCCUAUCCAGUUCGCUAAGGAUCCACACAUCAGCGGCGGCCGCGCGGAGUGGUCUCUCAAUGUGAAUGCGACUUUGGAGUGCAUGCAAGACGAGGGGUCCUUCCACCACGGCAUCUACUGGAACGCGCUGCCGUUGGUGACCGGGACGAGCGUCGUGGAGAAGAUGACGUUCCCCAUCUUCUGGGGGCUCAUGACGCUCAGCUCAUUCAGCAACGCGCUCACCCCGACCGCAAAUCUCACCGAGACGCUUUUCUGCGUCGUUCUCGUCAUGUCGGGCCUGAUGCUCUUCUCUGCGCUCAUCGGAAACAUCCAGGUGUUCUUCCAGUCGCUCUGGUCGCGCGUGGACAGAAUGCGCGAGCGGCGGCAGGACUUGGAGUGGUGGAUGGCGCGGCGCGCGCUCCCGCGGCCGCUGCAGGAGCGCGUGGACGACUACGAGCGGCAGCACUGGGCGGCGACACGUGGCAUCGACGAGGAGGCCAUGACACGUGACCUGCCUGAGGGGCUGCGGAGGGACAUCAAGCGGUACCUGUGCCUCGAUCUCGUUAGAAAGAUACCGCUGUUUUCAUACACCGACCCGCUGCUCCUCGACAUUCUGUGCGAGCGGCUGCGCCCCGCGCUCUUCACGCGCGGCCUCGUCGUCGUGCGCGCGGGCGAGCCUGUGCAGCGACUCUUACUGCUGGUGCGCGGCCGCCUGCGCAACGUGCAUACGGUCGGGGGCCGGCCCAGUGUCGUCAUCUUGGGCCCGGGGAACUUCACCGGGGAGGAGCUGCUCACGUGGGGGCUCGCGCGCACGGCGGACCGGAACCGCCUCCCGCUCUCCGCCGCUAGCCUGGAGUGCGUUGACACCGUUGAGGCGUUCGCGCUGGAGGCGGAUGACCUGAUGUACGUUACGUCGCACUUUCAGCAGCGUUUACAGAGCAAGAAGUUGCGGCACACCAUCCGACACUACUCGCCGCACUGGCGCACGUGGGCGGCGGUGACCAUUCAAUUAUCCUGGCGACGCCACAAGGCGGCCGCGAAGGCCCAUGGCGCGCGGCCGCGCCUGUCCUUGUCCGGCCUCGCCGCGCUGUCGGGCCAGCCGACCGACGACCCCGCGCAAAGUGCGCGCAGCAAGCUGCGAAUGUACACUGCCAUGUUUACGUCGCCGAAACCGCAAGAUUAG